ACGUAACCUAUUUAUGAUCAAUGAGCCACGCCUUCCCACCCGAGCAAGAUUCGUCACGAAUAUUCAUAACAAAUCCUUCACCAUAGUAGUAUUAAUAAAUUAUCCUUGUUGGCUUCUCUCGAUUACGAUGGCCACCAGUCCCAAAAGACCCUCACUGGGUGCCGUAGCCCCUCGUAAAAAAGCCAGUCCGAAGCCUGAACUGACGGAGGAGCAAAAACAGGAGAUUCGAGAGGCUUUCGAGUUGUUUGACACUGACGGCUCUGGUUACAUUGAGGUGAAGGAGUUAAAGGUGGCCAUGCGUGCUCUGGGUUUUGAGCCUAAAAAAGAGGAAAUCAAGAAAAUGAUCGCAGAGGUGGACAAAGAUGCUACUGGAAAAAUCUCUUUCAUUGAUUUCCUCUCAGUGAUGACUCAAAAAAUGGCAGAAAAGGACUCCAAGGAAGAAAUUCUAAAGGCAUUUCGGCUGUUUGAUGACGACGAGACAGGGAAAAUAUCCUUCAGGAAUCUAAAGAGAGUUGCCAAAGAACUCGGGGAAAACCUGACAGACGAGGAGCUACAGGAAAUGAUCGAGGAAGCAGACAGAGAUGGUGAUGGAGAAGUUAACCAGCAAGAAUUUCUUCGCAUUAUGAAGAAAACAAGUUUGUACUGAACGUCACUGUAAGCACAGAAGUCUGAUCUGAAUUUUAGUUUUAUGCACCAUUGAUGUACCAUUCCAAAACCUAGAUGCCUAAUCCCAGUGGUCAUUAAGAUCUCUGUGUGUUUGCCAAACAGCAAAGACGUCAGCCGUUUACAGACUAUAUUCUGAGAUCUUAAAGGAAUAGAUCACCCAAAAAUGACAAUUCUGUCAUCAUUAACUCACAAUCAAAUUGUUGCGAAACUUGUUCUCCAGAACACAUCAUUUAAGAAUGUGGGAAACUAAACAGUUUUGGGGCACCAUUGAUUACCACGGUAGUCAAUAGUGCCCCAAAACUGUUUGGUAUCAAAACGUUUUUCUAAAUAUCAUUCUUUGUGUUCAGCAGAACAACAAAUUUAAACAGGAUAAGAACAACUUGAGUAGAUGAGUAGGUGAGUAAAUAACAACAGAAUUUUCAUUUUUUGGUGAACUAUUCCUUUAAAGAUAUAAAGAAACUGAAGCACACAACAGCAGUUGUAGUGAUUGAAUCAUAUAAUGUAGAAUACAGAUAUUCUUUACCUUUGUGUUAAUGCUUUAAGGUUUCUUGAUAUAAAAUAUUUUUUGAAAUAAUAACGGAUUACACAAUCCUGAAGCAGUUUAUGAUUGUUACAUUUUUUUACAAUGUCUUCUGUUACCUUUUGCAUCAAUCUGUUGUAUGAUACUGUACGCUUUCAGGGAUUAAAACUAUACUGUAUCCCUUCUCUGUGCCUCAGUCUGAUAAGAGGAAAGUUCGGCUAUUUUAGUGAAUUUCUAGUGAUUCUGUGAUUAUAUUUUUGUAAUUUCUGUUUUUCUCAAAUUAGUUUCAGAUGUCUUGUAUAAGAGUAUAAUUGAGAUGCUAUUUAAAAUUAUUAUUGAAACUAAAUUAAAUGGUGUUUGUUAUUGA